AUGGGGUUCGGGUUUUCCCGUGACAAGUUUAACGGGUACAAUCAGGCUUUUAACCGCCCAGCAUCAUGUUGGGAUCCUCCCCAGUGCUUUAACUCGCGGGAAUCGUCUUUUGAUAAAGCCGAAAGGGUGAAGAUGGCUGCACCGCGAUUUGAUGGCUCUGACGCGACAAAUUGGGUGUCGAGAGUCCAAUAUUAUUUUAAUCACCUGAUGAUGUCAGACGCACAACGCUUACACUAUGCGGUGAUGUUGUUUGACCCUCCGGCAUCGGAGUGGAUCUUUAACUAUUGCGCGAACAAUGAAUUUGUCACGUGGCAGGAGUUCUUGGAGGACGUACGACAUCGUUUUGACAAACAUAGUUUUCAGGACUGUUUUGGCUUACUUGCAAAAUUGACACAAACGGGGUCAGUGCUCGAGUAUCAUGAUACGUUUGAAAAGUAUCUCAACCGGGUUCAGGGCAUUCCGGAAAGAAAGUUGUUCACUCAGUUCGUGGCAGGUUUAAAGUCGGAUAUGCAAGAACGGUUGCGCCUACAUCGCCCACCAUCUCUAGCCGCGGCGAUGGCUUUGACCUUGGAACUGGCUGACUCUCUGGGCGAUCGACAACCACCACAACAGACCUCUCGUCGUCCUUGGCAGAACCGGGAUAGCCAAAAUCAAGCAGGUCUGAUUUCCAGCCAACCGACAACCCACAAUACCGUCGGCCAGACUCCGCAGCCUGCCCAGGGGCGUGUUCCCAACCCCUCUCACCAACCUCUGAUCCGCGUGUCUCAAGCUGAGAAGGCAGAGCGUGCGAGGCUGGGUCUCUGCUACUUUUUUCCGGAGAAGUGGGUCAUUGGCCACGUGAUAGGGACAAUACAAGAUCGGGAAGUGUGCAUUUUGAUUGAUACAGGGAGCGAUCGGGAUUUCCUACAUCCGCGGAUUGCGGAGAGCUUGCACCUAUCGCUUUCGCCUAUACGCCCGUUUAGAGUUAUUGUGGGGAAUGGCGAAGCUCUGCUUUGCUCGCACAUUUCAAAGCAAACGAAAUUGGUGAUACAAGGGACGAUAUUUUUGGUAGAUCUGCAUAUUCUGCCGGUGCAUGGACCGGACGUAAUUCUGGGGAUGGACUGGCUCGAGUCCUUAGGGCCGAUUACAGCAGACUUCGCAGACAAAAAGCUGACAUUCUCACAGGGGGAUCGACGGGUCGUUCUGAAGGGAAUUUUACCGCCACUGUGCCGCUUUAAUUUACACGUGUUGUCAUCGUUAGUUCCUUCGCAGGAGGUGCUCGACAUUUUUGAGUUGUUGUUGCUGGACCAGGAAACCGAUCAAACGGGGCAGACCACGGAGGAGGAUUUUCCGGCUGGUCUACCUCCGGGGAUAUUGGAGGUGUUGACGCAUUUCCAACUAGUUUUUAGCUUGCCGGUGGGGAUGCCACCCAAAAGGCCUUUCGAUCACCGUGUCCAUUUGCUGCCGGGCACGAAACCCGUCAAUGUCAGACCUUAUCGCUAUCCUUAUUUUCAGAAAAAUGAAAUCGAACGCCAGGUCAGGGACAUGCUUGAACAGGGCAUUAUUCAGCGAAGCAGCAGCCCUUUCUCGUCGCCCGUGCUCCUUAUCAGGAAGAAGGAUGGGACGUUUCGUUUUUGCAUAGAUUACCGCGCUUUGAAUAGGGCAACAGUCCCAGAUCAUUUUCCAAUUCCGACCGCAGAUGAACUUUAUGACGAGCUAGGCAAGGCUCAAAUCUUCACAAAAUUGGAUCUACGUUCUGGGUACCAUCAGAUAAGAAUGCAUGACGAGGACGUUUUCAAAACGGCUUUCUGCACUCAUGAUGGCCAUUUUGAGUUUUUGGUCAUGCCUUUCGGUCUCACGAAUGCGCCCUCGACUUUUCAGGCUGCUAUGAACGCUAUUUUUCAACCGAUGCUCAGGAAGUUUGUCAUCGUCUUCUUCGACGACAUUUUGGUCUACAGUCCGUCGACGGAGGCACACGGGCAGCAUCUGGCCGCUGUUCUGGACGUUUUGCAGAAUAACAGUUUUUUCAUGAAAUUAUCGAAGUGCUCUUUUUGUAGCUCCACGGUGGAAUAUUUGGGGCACUUAAUUGGUGAGGGCCUUGUGAAGGCCGAUCCUAGUAAGAUUUCCGCCAUGACAGCAUGGCCGAAACCCAAGUACGCUAUGAUUGCGGCUCUAACCGAGUUGCUCAAGAAAGAUUCCUUCAACUGGUCUACUAACGCUGAAGAGAGCUUCGGGAACUUGAAAACAGCGAUGACCUCGGCACCGGUUCUUCGUUUGCCGGAUUUUGAACGCCAGUUCUGUAUAGAGACCGAUGUGUCUGAUGUGGGCAUUGGGGCAGUGUUGUUGCAGGAUAAUCAUCCCAUAGCAUACUUCAGCAAGAAAUUGGGUCCUCGACGUCGUGUGGCUUCUACGUAUCACAAGGAAUUGUACGCGAUUGUGGAGGCGGUGGUACAAACCCCGGAUCAGCAGCUCUAUGUGAGGAAGUUAAUGGGGUACAAGUUCAAGAUAGAAUACAAAAAAGGCACUGCUAAUCGUGCGGCAGACGCACUUUCACGCCGCUCUGAGCCGACCGGCAAGGGUUCUGAGGUCAGUGGAGAGGGCGUGGAGCUCGGGAAUGUGCAGGCUGACGGGGCUCUCCUGACUGCAGCCGCCUGCCCGGUCCCAUAG